GUGCGUGCUCACGGGAAAUGUAGUCUGAUUCUAGUGUCGGGCACAUAAGUAUUUAGUUUCAGGGGAAAACGAACAGUUUUAAUUCAGGGGCCUAGGAUACAUGGGAUAGCUAGGAGAAAUUAUCUCCUACGAUAUCAAAAUAAGGUGGGGCUGUCAGGAUAAAAGACGAUAUCAUCGAUAAAUUUCAGUAUUUGUAAAGGAUGCGUAAGAAACUACAGGUAAACCUGUCGCGAUAUUUUAAAACGUCCGCUGUAAUAGGCUUCAUUGAAUCACAGUAGAAAAUCGCGAGAUCCCUGCUAUUGCCCAAGAGACUAGAAGGAGUGAUCUCGCGAAAAGAAAGAAGUCGGCAGGGCUCGCGAGAUCUCAGAACACCCGACCCGAAAGGUUCUCAGGAAGUUCAAACGACCAAGAGGAAGGCCCCUGGGCAAAUGGCUGGAGCUGGGCCGACCAUGCUACUACGAGAGGAGAAUGGCUGUUGCAGUCGGCGUCAAAGCAGCUCCAGCGCCGGGGACUCGGACGGGGAUCAUGAGGAUUCUCCGGCUGCGCGUGCCCGGCAGCAACUGGAGGCUCUUCUCAACAAGACUAUGCGUAUUCGCAUGACAGAUGGGCGGACACUAGUCGGCUGCUUCCUCUGCACCGACCGCGACUGCAAUGUCAUUCUGGGCUCGGCGCAAGAGUUCCUCAAGCCGACGGAUUCCUUCUCUGCCGGGGAACCCCGUGUGCUGGGUCUGGCCAUGGUACCGGGACACCACAUCGUUUCUAUUGAGGUGCAGAGGGAGAGCCUGGCAGGGCCCCCAUAUCUCUGAUCACAUCGCGCAUGUCUUUGAGAGUUCAUUAAAUCUCUGACUUAAGUGUC